AUGUUCGCACCAGCAGCCUUUAUUACGCUUCUGACCGCCCUUUCUGGCGUCGCCGCUGUACCCUUCAGCCAGCUCUUCAGGACCCUUCCUAAGGACAUUUCCCACGUCGCCGUCGACGAGGCCCACGGACACUACCUCGCUUUCAAGCGCGACGGUUCUCUAUACGGCAGAUACCCUGUCGAUGCACAGUCCAACGGCCUCGAGCGUCGUGCCGCCAGCCAGUGCGCCCAGCUCUCGGUAGAUGAAGCCAAAACUCUUCCCGGAUGGGAUGCCAUCGUGCAAUAUGCCAACAAUAAUUGGGGCGAUGGUUCCCGCACCAUUGUUACUAACCCUUCUGACUACGUCGACAGUCCUGCCCAGGUUUGUAUCACAGACGAUGUCGUCGAGCUCAGUUUCUCCGGCGACCCGGUUUGCCAGACGCACACCACCUCUUCUGAGGGUAGCCUCGUUGGUACUUCUGGUGAAGUCGAUAUCGAAGUCGACCAAGGCUUCAACACUGACACUUCUUACACCCUCACCACUGCAUCAACGAUUGGAGUUUCAGACACAUUGACCGUCAAAGUGGGCGUUCCAGAGGUAGCCGAAGUGACUGACGCUUUGACCAUCUCUACCGAGGUCACGGACACGACCUCGAGCACCUUCGACGUAUCCUACAACGACGUGAGCAAAGUCACCAUAAAGAUGACUGCUCCAGAAGGCAAGACUUGUACGGCUACGACCAGCACCAAGACUUGUAACAUCCAGGCAACAGGAAAUAUCCGUUACCUCGCGAGCGGGUGGGUUUGGUUCAACUACGACGAUGAGACUGACGGUCACUACAAAUGGGCUGCUAGCAUCGAAGCGGUCCUCACGAACCAGGAUGACCGCUCGAGCUUUGCCGAGUUCAAAGGCUCUAUGGUGGCAAAUACCCAGACUAGCUAUGCUGGCACCUGCACGUAA